AUGAUUAUUCUAAUUCUUUCAAUAUUUAUUAAUUUACCAUUAUUUCUUUAUACAAAUAUACGUAUUUAUUGUACAAAUAAUGGUACAAUAAAAUAUUAUGAUUUUGAAUUAUCAUUCAUAUUAAAUACAAGAUUUUUUUCACGUUUAUUCUAUCCAACAAUGGCUGCUCUAUCAUGGCAUCAAAGACAUAUAAAUCUUGGUUAUGAAUUUGUAUUGGAUACAACCGAUAAAAUUCUUACACAAAUUCGUGAUUUAAUAGAUAUAGAUGAACCACGUAUUAAUCAAGAUUUACUUAUAGCAAAUAUAUCUGAAAAGAUUUUUUUUGAUUAUCGAUCAAUCAAAAGAAAUAUUGAUGAAACAUAUGAACAAGGUAUUAAUGAAGUAUUCAAUCAAUAUAAAUAUAUAAUUUCUUCACGAGUAGCUAAUGGUGAUAUACCUGAUCAAUGUGUGAAAGAAAUUAUAUGUGCAAUUGAACAAUUUAAAACUCGUCUUUUAGCUCGAGCAGGAAAAAUGAUGAAAGGAAAUAUGAUUGAUGAAAUAUUUAAAUUGACUCAAAAUCAUUUAAAAGAAAAAGGAUAUGAUUCGAAAAAAUUGGAUUUAAUCAAAGAUGAAUUUAAACAAUUAAUGAAUAAUCUAUCAGAGAAUAAUGAAUUUAAUGUACAAACUAUUGUCGAUAAAACUCGAUCGUCUACUUUACCGAUUAUGCAAAGUCAUAUGGAGAAAUUAAAAGCUAAUCAAGAAGUUCAAUCAUAUCAAACAGGACAACAAGAACAAGGAGAUUCUAUGAAAUCUGAAUCUAAUAUAACUCCAAAAAUUCAUUCGUCUUAUCAAAGAACAAAAAAAUCGAAUUCAGAUUAUGAUACAACUUCUUCAAUAACAAAACAUAUUCCUAAUGAUUUCAAUGAAAAAGAUCAACAGAAAAAAGAACAUAAACAAAAGCCUCAUCAUUCUCGAAAAAAUAAUGAUUAUGAUAGUCAACAAAUAUCAAAUACCAUUAUUCCAUUUACUAAUUGUGCUGAUUAUGAUCCAUAUCGAAAUUAUGAGCAAUAUAAAGCAAAACGUUUACAUAACAAUAAACAAAAAAAUGUCUAUUAA